CCUGCCCCUUCCAGCGCUGUGGAGGCAUUUUGGAGGAGCAACAGGCGGACGGGGAGAAAAGUCCGCUGAGUCUGGAUAUUAACGCGCUGUCAAGGCUUCGCUAAAUUAAUGAGAAAGAGGGGAGUGUGUGUUCCGGUUCUAAAUGGAGCUACUUCGGUUUUCCGCUUUUUGGUGUGGAACGAUACUCUUUGGUAGUAUCGCGCUCGUGCAGGCGGAUGCCUCUGGCCUAAUGAAGAUAAGAAGACUGUGCAAGUUUUGUGACGUGCAGGCAACCAGCUGCACUGGUAAAGGGUGGUGCAAGGUGGACUGUGAGAUCACUUCUAUCUGUCCGCACGCGGACGAUGUGUGUGUCAGUAUUUGGAGGAGGAAAGACGACAACAUCACCUUUGAUACCGUGUGCCACAACCCAGCUCAGACACUGUACGGCCUGGUCCUGGAUGACUACAACAACAGCAAGUGUGAAAUGAAGGAGAUAAAGGGCAUGGGCUCGGAUUUCUUCAUCUGUUCCUGUUCUGAGGAUGAGUGCAACGAGAACAUCUUGUUUAACCCAAAUUCCCACGUGGUGGCGGUCAUCUUGGUGAGCCUGGUGCCUCUGCUGGUCAUGGCCGUCAUCGUCAUCACUUCCUUCUACUUCUACCGGGUCUACCGCCAGCGCCAAGCCCACUCCAGGCGCAAGAAGGGCGCUCCCCUGGACUGCGAGUCCCGUGCCAUUAUCACGGACGACGAAGGCUCGGACAGCAGCUCCACGCACGCCAACAACCUCAACCACAACACGGAGCUGCUUCCCAUCGAGCUGGACGUCCUGGUUGGGAAAGGACGCUUCGCGGAGGUGUACAAAGCCAAGCUGAAGCAGGGCUCCUCGGUCAGCGAGGAGCAGGGCUUCGAGACCGUGGCGGUGAAGAUUUUCUCGUACGAGGAAUACGCCUCCUGGAAGAACGAGAAGGACAUUUUCUCGGACGCAGACCUGAGACACGAUAACGUGCUUCACUUCCUCACAGCGGAGGAGAGGAAGUUGCAGAGGCAGUACUGGCUCAUCACGGCCUUCCAGCCUCAAGGGAACCUCCAGGAGUACCUGUCCCAUCAUGUAAUCAGCUGGCACGACCUGUGGCUGCUGGGGUGGUCGCUGGCUCAGGGAGUAGCUCACCUUCACAGUGACCGCACCCUCUGUGGACGCCAAAAGGUGGCCAUCGCGCACAGGGACAUAAAAAGCUCCAACAUACUUGUGAAAAGUAACCUGACCUGCUGCCUGUGUGACUUUGGCCUGGCGCUCCGGCUGGACAGCUCGCUGUCUGUGGACGAGCUGGCCAACAGUGGGCAGGUGGGCACAGCCAGGUACAUGGCCCCAGAGGUGCUGGAGUCCAGAAUCAACCUAGAAAACAUCGAGUCUUUCAAACAGGCCGAUGUUUAUUCCAUGGCCCUUGUGCUGUGGGAGAUCAUCUCCAGGUGCAGUGCAAUCGGAGAGGUGAAAGAGUACGAGCCUCCGUUCGGGAACCUGAGGGAAAACCCAUGCGUGGAGAGCAUGAAGGACAGUGUUCUCCGAGACAGAGGAAGACCUGAGAUCCCCAACAGCUGGAUCAACCACACAGGCAUCCAGAUGGUGUGCAGCUCCAUAGAGGAGUGUUGGGACCACGACCCGGAGGCCCGCGUCACGGCUCAGUGUGUCGCCGAGCGCUUCGACUGCAUGGAGUACCUGGACAAGCUGUCGGAGCGCUCUGACUCGGAGGAGAAGAUCCCUGAAGAGAUCUUCGUGGUGGAUGAGAAGUAGACUCAAUGGCAGAAACACCGCCCCCUCCAGGGAGGCUUAAGCAUUACAAACCUGCUGCGUGGACGUUAAAGGAGCCCCAGUGGACGCAUCGUGUUGGGUGGGUCGGUUGAACGGACAUGUUUGGCACAGGGGCAAACUGGAAAAUCACAUGAAGUGUUACCAAAGAUGGACUACUUCUACAAAGUAUCAGGAUGGACUCAUGAACAAACAGGGAGAUUUGCAUUAUAAAGCUUUUUAUCCAAAUAAUAUUUGCACUUUACAAAUAUCUAUGCACACCAAAUUAUAUAUAUAUAUAUGUAUAUAUAUAUAUAUAUAUAUAUAUGUGCAGUGUCUUUCUUGUUUGGACAACACAUAUCAGGAAUAGGAAACAAAGGGAUGAGACAUAUUACACAAAAACACUACGCAUACGGGGGGGCAAAUGGUGCAAUGUCAAAUAUGUAGACCCUUAAUGAUUCUAAUACCCCCCGAUUGUAGUGCAUUCAACUACCCACUUGGUUGCCAGAGGUGGAGGGGUGGUCAAAGGGACGGGAUGAGAUGGUGCAAAUAGAAAAAGCUCAAAAGAAAUAGAGACCCCAACCAAGGCAGUAACACGCAGGGAAAGCUGAUGCCGUAUCUCAAGGACUAUGAACUGUAAAAUAAAGACAGCAAGAUAAGCCUGAAAGGAAAUGGAUGCGUGUGUGUGUGCGUGUGUCCGUGCGUGUGUGUGUGUGUAAAAGUGUGCGUGCGCAUUACUUGUCUGUUCAACAGACCAAGAAUCUAAUGCCCAGAAAAUGAUCUGUAUCAUUUUUUUUUUUGUAUUAAAGUGUAAAGCCAUUAUUAAAAGUGUUACUACAGUAUA